CUGGCACUAGCGGGAGGCGCGGCAGACGCUGCGCACCUGGCCCCGACGCCCGGCUCGCUCCUGCCCUGCCCGCCAUGGACGGGCCACGGCCCCUGGCCCUGUGGGGCUCAUUUAAGGACACUAUCUCCGAAAUGAGCCAGAAGCUGUCGGGUGAAUACUUCAGGUACAAAGGCAUUCUCUUCCCAGUCGGCAUGUACUCACCCGAGAGCCUCAGCCUGGCCGAGAACACUGACAACGUUCGGGAUGAGGACAUCUUCAUUGUCACCUACCCCAAAUCAGGUACCAACUGGAUGAUUGAGAUCCUCUGCUUAAUCCUGAAAGAUGGGGAUCCCUCAUGGAUCCGCUCUGAGCCCAUCUGGCAACGUGCGCCCUGGUGCGAGACGGUCAUCAGUGCCUUCAGCCUGCUGGAGCGGCCCAGCCCCCGCCUCAUGAGCUCGCACCUCCCUGUCCAGCUCUUCACGAAGGCCUUCUUCCGCUCCAACGCCAAGGUCAUUUACUUGGGCCGUAACCCCCGGGAUAUCGUGGUCUCCCUCUAUCACUACUCUAAGAUUGCAGGGCAACUGAAAGACCCUGGUACACCUGACCAGUUCCUUCAGGAUUUCCUCAAAGGAGAAGUGCAGUUUGGCUCCUGGUUUGACCACAUCAAAGGCUGGAUCCGGAUGCGGAAUCGGGAGAACUUUCUGUUCAUCACCUACGAGGAGCUGCAGCAGGAUUUGCGAGGCUCUGUGAAACACCUCUGUGAGUUCCUGGGCCGGCCACUGGGCGAAGAGGCCCUGAAUUCUGUGGUGGCUCACUCAACUUUUGGUGCCAUGAAGGCCAAUGCCAUGUCUAACUUCACUCUGCUGCCAGACAGCCUGCUGGACCACCGCCAGGGGACGUUCCUGCGCAAAGGCAUCAGUGGUGACUGGAAGAACCACUUCACCGUGGCGCAGAGUGAGGCUUUCGACCACGUCUACCGGGAGCAAAUGCGGGGCCAGCCGAGCUUCCCCUGGGACAAGUCCACAGAGGACACCGGCUCUGAUGAGGAGCCUGACCCUGAGCCCAGCCCCAGCCCAGCCUCUAAUGACCUGAGCCCAGGAUCCUCAAAAUAAACUUGUCACUCCAA